AUGAACACGUACCAAAAUGGAAUAGAUGACCAAAGUCGUCAUGCAAUGUUGAAAGGCCAGGCCCAAAUCUUGCAGUACAUAUACAGUGUUCUAGAUGGCAUGGCGAUACGAUGUUGUGUGGAGCUACGUAUCGCUGACAUAAUCAAACAUCGUGGCCGUCCUGCCACACUCUCUGAAAUCGCUACUGAUAUUGACUCCCCGUCAAUCAACAUUGAUGGGCUAGGGCGCCUCAUGAGGUUCUUGGUUAGUAGAAAGGUCUUUGAUCAAUAUUCGGAUGGCAACGGGGAUAAAGAAAUGGUUUACUCAUUGAACCAUUGCUCCAAGUGGCUGUUAUGUGACACUGAUAUGACACUGGCGCCACUAGUCAUGAUGCGGACAGACCCAGUGUUUGUUUCGCCUCUUCAUCUAAUGAGCCAAUCAAUUAGACAAGGUGGUUCGACGUUUAAGAAGACACAUGGAAAAGAGUUGUUUGAUUUUUGUAGGUUUAACUCGGAGUUUAAUAAGGUUUUUAACGAAGGUAUGGCGUGCACUGCAAAGAUUACGACAGAUGCAAUUAUGUCGAGUUACAAGAAUGGAUUUCUUGAGUUGAAAGGAAGGAUGGUGGAUGUCGGAGGUGGUAUUGGGAUGGCAAUGUCCGAGAUUGUCAAGGCGUAUCCACAUCUAGAUGGGAUCAAUUUCGAUUUGCCCCAUGUUAUUUCGACCGCACCAACAUAUGAAGGGGUUACUCAUGUUGCCGGGGACAUGUUUAAGGCCAUUCCUCCUGCAGAAACUAUCUUUAUGAAGUGGAUAUUACAUGAUUGGGGCGACAAUGAUUGUAUCAAGAUACUAAAAAAUUGUCGAAAAGCCUUGGCUUCUAAAACCGGAAAGCUCAUUAUUGUCGAGAUUGUUCAAAUGCCGAUGGGAGAUGAUAUUUUUGACGAUACACGACUUACAUAUGAUCUGGUGAUGUUUUCGCAUUUUUCAAGUGGAAGAGAACGAAGUGAAAGUGAAUGGACGAAACUACUCGUUGAAGGAGGCUUUCGUCGUCAUAAUGUGAUCAAGACUCAAGCUCUUCAGUCGAUUAUUGAAGCCUUUCCACAAUAG